CCGGGGCAGUGCUGCUUGAUGCAGUUAGAGACCAGUAUAUGGGUGCUCUGGAGACUGCCCGAUUUCGGGUUUUGCUUGAGGAUCCGUUCUGUCGGGCAUGGUACUUGGGAGAGCGCUUCUUGCGACAGAGCCUCGGUUUGCCUGAGCAGAUAGUCCCGAUGCUGCCUCCUUCGCACAUGAGGCAUACAGCGACAUACACUCUGCAGGAGAUGACCGAUUUCACGAUCAGUUGGGAUGCCGACUUCUUCCGGCUCGACGGUGACUACACCGUCUUUAUUCAGACAUAACUCAUGCCACCUCUGGCCAGUGUUCGCCGAGGUGAGAGAGAGACCUGCAGCCACAGUAGGAAGAGUGGGAGGAUCGAGGACGACUCAGGCCCAUGGUCGGAGGGGUUCCCGGUGGGGACAGAGGGCGGGGUGGCCAGACCUGCCCACUACUAUGACAUGUCGAGGACGGGCUGGAGAGACCUAUCAGAUUCCCAUCGCUCCUCUUCUAGCUGAUCAUGAGCUCGUCGGAGUUCGAGGCUUGACCCCGGCUUCCAUAGAGUACAUUGGACAGGCUCUGGAGCUAUCGGAUUCGGUGAUGGGGAUGCUGCAGAGGAGCAUGGACCUGCUGAGUGUUUACGGUAUUUCGGCCCCAUUCUAGAUACCAGUCACAGCGGGUGCCUUAGCAGGACCUUUAGUGCCUUCCCGAGCAGCAGGGGGAGUCGGACGAGGGACUCCAGCACACAGCCGGAGCAGAGCUAGGCGUGCUCAUACUGAGAGCAGUUCACGGGUGCCUGCCCCAGAUGAUGAUGAGUCUGACGAGGAGGCAGUGAGUCCAGAGUCGGAGUCGUCUCAGGACGGAGAUGGGGCUGGAGAUGGCUCGGGUUCAGACUCAGGUGGCGGAGCUGACGGCGGUAGUUCUGGGCCUUCGUUGAGGAAGAGGACGAUGAGGGAUUCCUGCUCUUGAGGCGACUGGCGUCGAUUCAGAUGUUUUGUUCUUGCUUUAUUUCUCUUUUUUGCUGGUAGUUUUUGCACAUUAUACUGCCUCAGGCAGUUUAUUUUCUUUGAAACUUUGUACUUUUGCAAAAAGAAAACAUGAUGGAA